GUUGCGUCCUCUUUGUCUCUGAAAGAAGAUUCAGCCGAGUCCAUCAGGUUUUUCUCAGCAACAGUGAGUGCAGACAUGGCUGCUGCCAGUAACCUGCAAUCUGAAGAUCAGUUUCUGUGCUCCAUCUGUCUGGAUGUGUUCACUGAUCCAGUCAGCACACCAUGUGGACACAACUUCUGCAAAAACUGCAUCACUCAGCACUGGAACACUAAUGGCAGACAUAAAUGUCCUAUGUGUAACAGAGUGUUCAAGAGACGACCCGAACUAGACAUCAACACUUUGUUCUCUGAGAUGGUUGCUCAGUUCAGACGUGAAGCUCAGCAGAAAGCCAGCAGCAGCAGCUCAGAGCAACAAGCUGCUAAACCAGGAGAAGUUCACUGUGACGUCUGUACUGGAACCAGACUGAAGGCCCUGAAGUCCUGCCUGGUGUGUCAGACUUCCUACUGUCAGACUCACCUGGAGCCUCAUCUGACAAAGAAAGCUCUGAGAGGACAUCAGCUGAUUAAUGCAGUGGAGAACCUGGAAGACAAGAUGUGUAAGAAGCAUGAAAAACCUCUGGAGUUGUUCUGUAAGACCGACCAGACAUGUGUCUGCAUGCUCUGCUCUGUUUUAGAGCACAAGAACCACGAGUUUGUUCCUCUGAGAGAAGAAUAUGAAGGAAAGAAGGCAGAGCUGGGGAAGACAGAGGCUGUGAUUCAGCAGAUGAUCCAGAAGAGACAACUGAAAAUUCAAGAGAUCAAAGAGUCAGUGAAGACGAGUAAAGGUGCUGCAGACAGACAGAAAGCAGAAGGUGUUCAGGUCCUCACUGCUCUGAAGGAGUCUGUUGAGAGACGCCUGAAGGAGCUCAAAAAGGAGAUCGAAGACAAACAGGAAACUACAGAGAAACAGGCUGAAGGUCUCAUCAAAGAUCUGGAACGGGAAGUCUCUGAGCUGAUGAAGAGAAGCUUUGAGGUGGAGCAGCUCUUACACUCUGAAGACCACCUCCACCUCCUCCAAAGCUUCUCGUCCCUGAAAGCUGCUCCACCCACCAAGGACUGGACAGAGGUCAGAGUCCAUCCACCAUCAUAUGAGGGGACUGUGGUGAGAGCUGUGGCUCAGCUGGAGGAGACACUCAGGAAAGACUUGAAGAAGCUGUUUGAGGCUGAGCUGAAGACGGUCCAGCAGUAUGCAGUGGAUGUGACUCUGGAUCCUGAUACAGCGUAUCCUAAUCUCAUCCUGUCUGAUGAUGGGAAGCAAGUAUACUGUGGCGAUGUGAGGAUGAAUGUUCCAGACAACCCAGAGAGAUUUUCUGCUUGUGUUUGUGUUUUAGGAGCGCAGAGUUUCUCUUCAGGCAGAUUUUACUUUGAGGUUCAGGUUAAAGGAAAGACUGACUGGGACUUGGGAGUGGCCAGAGAGUCGAUCAACAGGAAGGGAAAUGUUAUGCUGAGACCUCAGUAUGGUCUCUGGACUAUAGUGCUGAGGAAUGGAAAUGAAUACAGAGCCUGUGCAGGGCCUUCAUUCCGUCUCUGUCUUUAUUCUGGCCCUGAGAAGGUGGGGGUGUUUGUGGAUUAUGAGGAGGGUCUGGUCUCCUUUUAUGAUGUAGGUACUGGAGCUCUGAUCUACUCCUUUACUGGCUGCUCCUUCACUCACAAACUCCACCCAUACUUCAGUCCCUAUCUGAAUCAGGGUGGUAACAACUCUUCACCUCUGAUCAUAUGUCCUGUCAGUCAAACUGAGUCGAUCAAUGACUGA